AUGGCAAUUAAGAGGCAGCAUUUCUCAAUACCCACCCCAGAAGAGGUCCUGUACAGGUUGUCAGGGAAAUCCAUUUUCACCAUCUUAGAUGAAAAGGAUGGAUAUUGGCAAGUGAGACUUGACAAGCCCUCAUCAAUGUUGUGCACGUUCAGUACACCGUGGGGCAGGUUUCGUUUUAAGAGACUUCCUUUCGGCAUUAAGUCUGCCAGCGAGGUCUUCCAGCAGAAAAAUUGUGAGACAUUUGAACAUAUCGACGGAGUGCAUAUAAUUGCAGAUGAUAUGAUAAUCGCCGCUGCGUCUGAGGAAGAGCAUGAUGCUAUAUUGCGGAAAGUCAUGGAAGUUGCACAAGCAGCCAACAUCAAGUUCAACAAAGAAAAGAUUCAGUACAAGGUGGACUCAGUCAGAUACAUGGGCCAUGUCGUCACCUCCAAUGGUGUAAAACCUGAUGAGUCCAAGGUGUUGGCCAUCAAGAACAUGCCUCAGCCUGAGGAUAAAAAAGGGCUACAAAGGCUACUGGGAAUGACAAGGUAUCUCUGCCAGUAUAUCCCAAACGAAGCCAUGAUAACCAGCCCACUAAGGCAGUUGUUGAGAAAGGAUGCUGCUUGGCACUGGAACCAUGAACACACUGCUGCACUGGACAAGCUCAAGCACGCUCUCAUGCAGGCCCCAGUGCUCCGGUUCUAUGAUCAGACCAAGCCACUCACCAUACAGUGCGAUGCAUCAAAAGAUGGACUUGGCGCCUGUCUCCUUCAGGACGGUAGGCCGCUGUCUUAUGCUUCAAGAGCACUUACAGAAUCUGAGAAGAACUAUGCUCAGAUAGAAAAAGAGCUGCUGGCGAUAGCUUUUGCAACAAAACGCUUUCACCAGUAUGUUUAUGGCAACACAGUGACUGUACAAUCAGACCACAAACCGCUUGAAAUCAUUUUCAAGAAGCAUCUGAGCAAGGCACCAGCACGGCUACAGCGCAUGUUAUUGCAGCUCCAACGCUAUGAUCUGAAGAUAACCUACACUCCAGGCAAGGACAUGCACGUUGCUGAUACCCUGUCCCGUGCUGUUGUGUCUGACUGCAGAGAUGAUGCGAAAGAGGAUCUGUUUGAGGAGCGAGUGGUCCACUCAAUGGAGGCCACAGCUGCCCUGGACACAGACACUCUCAAAAGACUGAAGGAAGCCACAUCGAGAGACACUGUACUGCAACAGGUACUGGAUAUGCACCACAAUGGCUGGCCUAGAAGACGAAGCAGCAUUGCCACAAAUCUACACCAGUACUGGCCCAUGCGAAAUUCCAUCAGCAUCAAGGAUGGCAUACUGAUGACUGGUGACAGGAUUGUGAUUCCUCAAAGUGUGAGACAGAUAAUGCUUGACAGACUGCACCUUGCACAUCAAGGGAUCCAGCGGAUGAAAGCGCAGGCGAGAAAAGUGAUGUACUGGCCAGGGAUGUCACAAGAUAUAGAGCACAUGGUGGAAAGCUGUGCUUCGUGUCAACAGCUCCAGCCACAGAAUCAUAAAGAGCCUCUGAUUCCACAUGAGGUACCUGAGCUGCCAUGGCUGAAGAUUGGGGCUGAUAUUUUUGAGCUUCAUGGACAGUCAUACCUUGUGAUGGUGGAUUAUCUGUCGAAAUAUCCAGAGGUGCUCCACUUACCUGACAAAACUGCCUACACAGUCAUACGCAAGAUGAAAGCAGUCUUCGCAAGACACGGAAUUCCAAAAGAGUUGGUAAGCGACCAUGUUCCUUUUGCGAGCUGUGAAAUGCGAGAGUUUGCAGUUUCAUGGCGCAUUAAGCUUGUCCACUCUAGCCCUGGAUAUCCGCAAUCUAACGGCCUCGCAGAAAGGAUGGUGAAGACAGUAAAGCACACGCUUAAGAAGGCAACACAGACAGGUACAGACCCGCACUUAGCUCUCCUAUCACUAAGAAACACCCCAGUGACUGGCACAGAGUUUUCACCAGCACAAGUUCUGAUGGGAAGAGUACUACGAAGCACCUUGCCGAGCUCCACAGCUGUGCUACAACCGUCUAUCCCAGAUGGUUUCCACUCCAGGUUAAAACAUCUACAAGCCAGACAAGAGCACUACUAUAACUACAACUCAAAGCCUUUGCCUGAGUUUGCUCCGGGUACCACUGUUCACAUGGCGACACGGCGUGGAUGGGAACCAGCUACAGUGGUAAGCAAAAGAAUGGAACCCCGCGCAUAUGAUGUACAAAGUCCCAGUGGUGUCACUUUCAGGAGAAAUAGACGUCAUCUGAGACGAAUCCACCCCAGUCUGCUGAGAGAGGAUGAUGCAGAGCUGCUGGAGCAACCAGUGACUUCACAAGACGAGGAUCCUGGGUCUCAGGCCAUGCAAGACCAGGAUAUGCCCACCUGUGAAGACAACAAUCUCGCCCCAGCUACUCCCAUCUGUACCACCAGAAGUGGGAGACAUGUGAAACUUCCUACAAAGUUCAGUGACUUUGAGUUAAGAUAA